CCCAUCCCAUCCCAUCCCAUGCCAAUCUUGUGCAACAGAACUUCCACCUCCCCUCCAGUCCCUCAUAUCCUGUAGGCUAGAUCAUCCAUUCCCGUUGUUUCAUAAGCUUCUAUAAUUCAUUAGCUUCUAUUAUUCAUCCCCGCUGAUUGGAGGAGGCAUCGAGACCGCAAUUCUUGAUUUGCCAGAGCAUUAGGUUGGUUCAAACCUUGUCUGAGACUUCAAUUUUUUCUCAAUCAUGAUGCUCGCCAACGGAGUCCUCCCAAGGCCAACCUGUAGCUCCCUCAGUUAUGUUGAUAAGGGAUCCGUCUUCGCUGGAAUUGCGGGUGCUGCAAAGUCCAGCUCUUACACCAAUCAGCUGGCUUUAUUUCUCCUCUCGCGCCAGCCGUUGAGUCGCCAUGUGUCAUCGUGUCGCAUUAUGCCGAGAGCCAGGCUUGUCGCUGAUGAUGUAACGUUAACGACGUCAGCACCAAAGAAGGCCAGUGACGGCCGUUCUAUCGUGCUCGCCUCUCUUCCAAGGUCCAUCCAAGUGACCUUCACAAUGGAGCGGCGCUGCGAGUUCGGCGAGCACUACGCCGUGGUGGGGGAGGUCGACGAGCUUCGCUUCUGGGACCCCGCUAAGGCGGUCGUCGCGCAAUGGUCGGAAGGCCACCAUUGGAGGGUCACCGUUGACCUCCCUGCGGAUCGGCCGAUCGAGUUCAAGUUCGUGCUGCUCGGCCGGCACGGGGAGGUGUGGUGGCAGCCGGGUCGAAACCACGUGCUCGCCACGGCGGGCUUGGCGCGCAGCGUGGACGUGCACGUGCCGUGGGACACAGAGCAGCCGUUGGUGGUGGUUAACCACCCGGAGAGAAGCACCAGCAGUGGGAGCCUGAACGGCGCACUUACCGCUAUCACGAUUCUGGAGGACGAGAAGGAGCUGGUUGCGGAAAGCAGCGAAAUCACGGUGAACGGCCGCUCCAGUCUCAGCAUGGAAUCCAACGGCCAUUCCAAUUCUGGCAUGGAGUCCGACGGCUAUUCCAACUCUGGCAUGGAAUUUGACGAUUAUUCCCUUUCUGGCAUGGAAUCCAACGGCUAUUCUUAUUAUGGCAUGGAAUCUAACAGUUAUUCCGACUUUUGCAUGGAAUUCAACGGUCUUUCCGACCUUGGCAUGGAAUCCAACGGCUACUCCAAUCCGAGCAUCAGUGGGGUCGAUUUGGUCAUUCCAGCAGAAGAGGACACAGCUGACCCUUCGGUCACUCUCAAGGGGGCAGCACGUGGCGAACGGGCUCUCUUGCCAGCUGGCAGAAGUAACGCUGACAAUUCGCAAGCAGACGCUAUGGAGAAGCGUGGAGUUCUGGCUGCAGGGGUGGCGACUAAUGCAUCAUUCAAUGCCGCAGCUUUUAACGCUGCGGAGUCUUUCCCAACAAUAUCGGAUCUUUAUGGAACAGGAGGCGUGGAUAAUGAGGGGGAAAGGGAACUGGAGUAUGUGUCAGGUUCCGCAGGAGCAGGGAUGCGUGCCGACAUUGCAGGAAGCGUGGAGGCGGCCUGCACAGAGCAAAGUGACGAGGAGGGUAAGUCACUCAUGGUUCAAAGAGAGGGAUCAAGCAGUGGUGGCGACAGGAAGGGCCUGCAGAGCAACACAGGGGAUCAGGUCAAGCCUGCACGUCAGAGAAGGAAGGAGCGGAAAUCAAGCAGCAAGUACCUCUCAGAGCUGUUCUUCAACGAUGCACAUCUCCCCAUGCGUCGCUGGGCUGGGGAGCUCUACCAAGAGAACCCAUCAAGCACUCCUACAACAAACCAUCUUCCUGCAAGCCCUGCUCUCAGCUCCGCAGCUUCACCAGCCCCAUCUAAUCCCAAUCAGAAGUCAGCAGCACUCCUAGGUGCAUCCCAUAACUCCCACCCUCUCCAUCUGGCCACAAGCGGCAGCACCCCAGUGUCAGCGCAGUUCGCGGCUCAUCCCAGCAGCGCUUCCUCCUUGACUGCGACCCUGACACCACCUGCUCCGGGCCUUUUUGACGGGCUCGGUGAAGUGAUGGAGCGGGGCGUGGGGAGGCUGUUCAGCCGCAUGCAGCACUCCCUGGCCCGGGCUCGAAUCUGGCUCGUGCUCAUCCCCCUGCCGGCGCUGUCCACUCCACUUGCAGCACUUGCAGUUGCUGUGCAGCUGUUCCUCCUCCUGACCCUCUGAAGCUGAAUCAUGCCAGGCACUAUUUCUUAGUUCCAUCUGCAACAUAGUGUGUGAUGGACUAUGUUGAGUACAUAUAUGGCUGAGUACAGGUAGUAACAAGUGCAUUGCAUGUAUCAAGUGUUGCGUUUCGAAUCACGAACCACAUCUUUCGCCGAAC